ACUGAACUCUCAUCAGAUCUGAGGGCACUAAAGGCUCAUCACUCGUAGCCGCUGCUGGCUUUCUUUCUUGUUCUGUAGGUUUGUCCUUCCGUUUGUUUCCAAUGGCUCAGAAAUACAUACUCCUCUCUGUUCUUUGGAUAGCUGUAGCAAUUGUUGGAAUUGUCUCAGAGUCUGUAACUCCAACUCCAAAUAUACCUGAAGCUGAAAGUCCAAACACGGCUGAACCUCCACCUGAAUCUUCAACCACACCGGCACCUCCAAAACCUGCUCCCUGUGAUUCAAGACCAUGUUUUGAUGGAACCACCUGUAAUAAUUAUGGCCCUGACAACUUUACAUGCUCAUGUCUGGCUGGUGAUGCCUACGAUUACAUGAGCCAAACCUGUAUGAAAGCAAAAAUUUUCCCCGGAGUGUUAACUGUGCCUGGAAUAACCUAUACAGAGGACAUGUCAAACCAGAAAUCAAAAGCAUUUCUAAAAGCAGCUGAGGAUAUUGCUAUUGAGUUGGAGAGAUUUUUCGAUGGCACACAGGGUUACAGUGGAUCUAGAGUGCUGGAAAUCAAUAAAGGGGUGGCAAGGAAAGACAUAGUUGUUGCAUCAGUAGAGAACAUCUAUGAAGCAAAUUCUGAAGUCACCUCAAGCGAUGUUACAAAGGUGAUGACAGCUGCCAGCAAAUGUACAGGUUGUCUCCUGAAAGAUUCAGAGUUUACAGCGAGAAACCUGUGUGAUGAGAACGCUUGUGAUGCAUUCACUACAAACUGCACCUCAUCAGAUGGAUCUUUCACAUGCCCCUGUUUGGAAGGCUUUAUCCGCACGACCUACAGUGACAGAAUAUGCAUCGCUUGUCCAAGUGGAAGCCAAGCGACAGAUUCUGGUUGUGACAACUGUUCAUUUGGGUAUUCUGGUUUUAACUGUGGAGACAACUGGCAGCUCUUGCUGGUAAUCAUUGGCUCUGUACUUGGUGGAUUGCUCCUCAUAUGCCUCAUCCUUCUUCCAGUAGUGGCUCUCAAAUCCCCAAAGAAAAGCUCCAAGAAGAAGAAAGAUGCAGACAUUGGCAAACCUUACAUCACUCACUCUUCUGCCAAGUCGCCUUUGGCUAACAGCAACCAAGCCAACAGCCAGGCAGUUUCACUGAACGGGUCAGCCGAUGCUUUCGCCAAUGGUGGAGUGCCUCGGAUCCCACGGGCCACAACCAACAGCCCCUGGGACAGCAGGACCAACCUGGAGAUGAUUCCAAGCCACAGCCGGCAAAAUCUGAUCUCAGAGGGGAGGAACUCGCGGCCAUUCGACGACCAGGAUGACAUAAGCCCAUACGGUCUGUCUCGACAGAACAGCCAGUACUCUCAGCGACCUCAGAGCAACCCCUAUGGCCAGCCUCGAGCUCAGUUCAACCCAUAUGCUAAGAGCCAAGGCCACAGCAACCCUUACUACAUGCGAGACAGUGGAAGAUAGCUGUGUUAAUGCAGAAUCACAAAGAUUGACCCUGCAGUGAAACCGAGAUCAAAAAUGUACAUUUUUUUUGUGGUUUAAAAUUUUUAUUCUAAAUACUGCACAACAUUCAUAUCCCUUUAGAGUAAACAUUGUGUAAAUAUAAGCACAACAGUUGCAUAGUUUCUGUGCAAAGCCUGAAGAAAUAUCUAAUAUGCAGUAAUGAAUAUUACUGUGCCAUAUGUACUUAUCUUUCACCACUUUGACCUCUAUAGUGUGAACUCUUGACUAAAUUAUGUGAAAUUUGAGAUAUGAUUUUAAAGUUGUGUCGCACUUCAUUCACUCAGUUACUCGUGACAAGCUGAAUCCCCAAAAUGAGGAGCUGCUCAGUAUCAUCCUCCUGCUCAUUUAUUGUAUUGUCUUGUUAUUUAAUUAUUAAAUUAAAAGUUAUUAUUUUGGCAUUUGAAAUGUUUCGAGUUUGUGACGGGUCUACUCAGUUUCUGUGAAUGAGUGUCGUCUAAUAAAGUUUUAAAUGUCUCAGUCCUCCAAAUGGUGCCAUGUUAGGUUCAUCUGUACACUAUAUUUACCGUAAUUUGUGUAAAAUAUUUACUACAUUAAAAUUGCUUUAUGUUCUGUUUUGUAUAACUGAGAGUAUAUUUUGUUUAUUUCUUACCUCUUCCAUGAUCGGUUGAUUCUUAGUUGUUAUUCAACGAGUUAAACAGCAAUGUUUUACCAGUUAUGUAUUAUAUUAGAUUUCCUUUCUCACACAAAUCAUGUGGUAUUAAAGUCACUUUAAUGUUAUAUAAAACAGUAAAUACAUCUUUGAAAUAAAAGACUCUCUGUGA